AUGACUGUGCGACCACGUCCGUCCAAUCCUGACGGCUCCAUAUCCACCGCCUCAUUCAAUCGCCCUGUCAAGAUACACGUAGCGUCUCGAGAUGCAGGUGGAACAUUGCGUACUGAUGUUUUGGACGAUACGGCGGCUCUGCGUGUGGCUGAGAAACGACAGAUCGAUCUGCGAAGGAGGAGUGAGAGAUGGGCUGAUAAGUUGAUGGAGGAGACUGUAUCUCUGGGGGCUUUUCGUAAUGCUCUCUGCUACCUGGUCCCCUCUCAAUACAUCGAAAUAACCCACGAACGUCACCUAAACUCUUUGUGUGCAUACCCUCCAUGUCCUAACACCCCUGCCCGUCCUUGGAACCCUCAACGGAAGUUUGCCAUCUCCCGUCGGAGUCGAGAUGUUCGACCUGUGGAAGGUAAUCCAGAGGACGGUUGGUGUAGUUUGAUAUGCAGGAGAAGGAGUGAUUUUGUUCUUGGCAAUCUGAGUGAGGAAGGGGUUUGGUUAAGAUCGAAGAUCGUUCGUGUGGGGUUACUGGAGGAUUUAUCGGCUUCCCUUACUUCUGCUCCUUCCUCUUCAUUAUCAAACAUCACGAGUUCCCAGUCUGCAAGACCGCCAAACUCAUCAUCUCUCAUGAGAGAAAUCCGCGAUGCUUCGACCUCGAACGUCUUACAAAACGGAGUGGACAUGGCUAGAGAUAGAGUUCGCUCGACCACAACUAGUGCACGUAUGGCAGUGUUAAGACCGAAGUCGUCUGAGAACGCUCAUGUAACGAAACCAGGCAAGGCAACUACGACGAGGGAGGAAAGAGGUCAGAAUGUAUUACUAGAUAUCGAUUCUUUGACGAUUCAUGAACGUCCUCCUCCCUCUGUCCCUGCUGCAGCUUCCACGCCAAAGCCUUCAGCUCGUCCGAACCUUCAGAAACGGUCCCCCCCCAUCACCACAGCAAUCACGCUAUCAGGGGAAACCCAUCCACGAGCAAUCGUCUUCCAUGGCACAGAAAAAGCCCCGAGAGACAGCCGACGAGAAACUUCGCUUGUGCCUCCCUCUACUUCUCUCGGUACUACUGUCCUCUCCCUUUCAUCCAACAUGGGACCACGUCAGCUGCCGCCUGAAAGCGAUGUAGAGGAAAGCAGCGAAGAGGAAGAAUGGGCUAGAGAGAUGGGCUGGGGUGAGGGAUCAGAAUUUGACGAACUUUUCGAACAAGCCCGUAAAGCAAGAGAAUUGACGGAGGAUGAAGGGUCCUGA